GAUCCUCCAGUUGCAGCAGCAGUGAGAUCUACUUUUCUAGACUGCACGGAAGCCCACAAUGACUUCUGCUUCCAUGGGACUUGCAGGUUUCUAGUGCAGGAGGCAGAACCAUCCUGUGUAUGUCUUCCAGGCUACGUGGGUAUACGUUGUGAGCAUGCCGACCUCCUAGCGGUAGUGGCAGCAAAUCAGAAGAAACAGACCAUCACUGCACUAGUGGUGGUGUCAGUGGUAGCCACAGCUCUGCUGAUUGUUGCCUGUAUAUUAAUGCACUGUUGUAGCUGGAGGAAACAGUGUGAGUGGUGUCGAUCAGUUUUAUGCCGACACGAGAAACCAGACGGUGUCUUCAAAGGAGGAGCAUCCUGCUGCAAGUCAGAAACA